AUGUGCAGAGCUGUUAAGGAUUUCGCUCCCUUACAGUCUCCAGAUAUGCCUCAGUUUGGUUUAAGUAGUACAAACUCUCAUUGGGGCUACAGUACGGCGGGUGCAUACUCCUCCUACUUUACACCCGGAGCUUUAGGUUCAUGUGCUGCUCCCACGUCUCAGUUCAAUACACCCGCCCUUGGUUUUUCUGGAAGUACACCCGAUCAGUCGUCCACACAAGAUGCCUUUACCACAAGUUCUGCAGUUAGUUCAUUAAUACCGGAAGCUUCAACCACAGAUCUAGACCAGCAUCUUGGUUUAGUGUCAGCACAAAACCACACCAAUCAUUCACACACGUCGUCACAUACAUCUUCCCUUCUGGUACCUCGAUAUUCAAGUAAUCACACUGACUUCACUUUAUCAGGUCCUAGAUCUUUAUCAGACAACUCUAGUGCAGCCGAAAGUCCCGUCCAAGAUGAUCUUUUGAAUACCCAAAGUACAUUAGGGGUAAAUCACGUCAACAACAGUUCCAACUUCCUACACCAAAACAUGUCGCAGAGCUCGUACUCAACUAGCAACUGUAAUAACUCUAUAUAUCCCGUUUUACCUGGUUUACUGUACUCUCAGUUAUAUUCAGCAGCUAAUCAGUCCCAUAACUUCCACUCUUUACACACGCACACAACCCACGCCCAACACAAUGAUCUCCAAAGCGUAAUGGACCAUCUAUCAACCAGUAAUCAGCGACAAAUGGUUAACGGUAGUACAGAUUUGCUUCUCAGCAACAACGGAACCUGCGCAGCAGCAGCGGCGCGCCAAGACGACGGCCACAACAGGGGUUUGAGCAGCAAUGGUUCACAGAGAGGUCCUGGACAAAACGGAGACGCCGUUGUAUGGAGACCCUAUUAG